AUUCCUAAUUUGAUGGUUUAAUAUUUGAAAUGGACUCUAGAAUGUACUAGAAAUCCUUUAACGUCAGAAGUGAUUCUGAACUUACUAGAAAGUAAUUAUAAUUUAAAAGCACACAAUUUAAAUAUUACAUUAAUUUAAUUAAAAAUAACAAAUAGAACAAUAUGUCUGAAGAAAAGGUUUUGUUACAUUGUUAUAAUCGUGGCUGUGGAAAAAUGUUUGAUCCAAACGAUAACAAAGAAGGUGAUUGCGUUCAUCAUCCUGGUGAACCAGUUUUUCAUGAUGCUUACAAGGGAUGGUCUUGUUGUAGUAAAAAGUGUACAGAUUUUACCGAAUUUUUAAAUAUCAAAGGUUGUACUAAAUCAUACCAUACAAAUGUAAAACCUAUAGUACAAGAAAAACCUGCCAUUGAUAAAUCUAAAGCUAAUGAAGUUAUUGAAGUACGUGCAAAAAUUAAUAGUAAUAAUUCAAUGACUAAAAGACCACCCUUUGAUUCUCCUCAAAUUGCAUUAAAACCAAACGUGUCACCUGUAUUAUUGGAAAAAAUUAAAGGCUUGACAACGUUAACACAACUUAAUGAAGAUGAAAGUCAAAUUUCUAUCGGUCAAAGUUGUCACAAUAAUUCUUGUAAAGCCAAAUACGCAGGACCUUCGUCUGACAAAGAGAUAUGUCUUCAUCAUCCUGGAAUUCCUAUAUUUCAUGAAGGAAUGAAAUAUUGGUCGUGUUGUCAAAAGAAAACAACAGACUUUUCUGUAUUCUUAGAACAACCAGGAUGCACGGAAGGAGAACAUUAUUGGACUUCGAAGAAUAACAAUAAAAAAGUGCAAUGUAGAAUGGAUUGGCAUCAAACGCCAGCAUUUGUAGUUGUUUCAAUUUAUGCCAAGAACUAUGAUCCUGAUCGUUCAAGCGUUAGAAUAAAUCCUAUACAUUUAACCAUGGAUUUAUUUCUCGUAGAAGAAAAUUCGACAUAUAAUUUAGAUAUAGAAUUAAAUGAAAUGGUCAAUGUUGCUGAAUGUAGUCUCAAUAUGUUGCCUACCAAAGUAGAAGUUAAACUAAAGAAACAUGAACCAAUAUUUUGGUCUCGUUUAGAAUUUCUUAGGACAACAACAAAUAGCCAAGAGAACAAUGGACAAAAUAAUGAACAAAUUAGUUCACAAGUUGAUGCAAUCGAUCUCAAUGAUCUUUAAUUGAAUGAAUUUUUGUUUUAUAUCAUUUUUAAGACUUAACAAAAUUUGUUCGGAUAAUCCUAUUUUAUUACCAAACGUAUCUUUAAAGGUAUACGUUACUGAAAUAGGUAUAUAUCAAAAUGAAAAAUAUAACAAAUGUAUUAUAAACAUUACUUUAAACGAAUAAAAAUUUG